UUUGCUGAAGAUCAAACUGAAGGUGAUGCCCAGAGCCAAGCGGCAGCAAAAGUGAUAUGCAGCUGUAUAAAGCAAGGUUCGUUAUAUGUAUACCAAUGUGAGAAGUGCAAAGGUGUGCACAGUCCAUUUUGUGACUAUUAUAAGGAGUGCAAAAAUAAAGGACAUCAUUUAGCUCUGUGCCAUUUUAAGACUGAAGACCUUUAUUCAGCACAAAACCAGCUCAGAAUGACCAAGGAAAAAUCAAAAGAUUCACUCAAGACACAUUUUUGUAUGAUGAAUUCUUCUUCUGGUUCAUUUUUGGUGUGCUAUGACUGUCAGUUGAUCCAUGAACACAACUGUGAUUUUAUUAAAGCAUGCCGAUUUAAUCACUGUAUUCAGUCUACGGGGACAGUGCAGCCCCCUCAAGGAGAAAGAGUGAAUGUUCAAAAGAGAAACACAUGUCUUUCUUCUGCACAUUAUAUGCAGUACCCCCAGGAGACGGUUGGAUCCGAAACACCUAAUGCACCAAUACCAUAUCACCGUGAUUGCUUGAAAGCUAACCAAACUUUUCCUGACACUGUAUGCCUCACUUGUGAAGUCUUUCAUUUCACUGGGUGUCCUGAUCUACGACAUUGCUCUCAAAAACACAAAAUACAUAAUGUCAGAACAUAUUGCAUCACUUGCCACAGUUCUGAACUUAGCACCUUAUGCAGGUACUGUAGUGCUGUGUAUUGCCAUCUGUGUUGCUAUAAAAAUACCUUGUUAUGCAGGUGUGGAAAGCCUAUCCUCAGCUCUUCCUCUGUUUGAAAACAACUGUGUGUCAGUGUUGACCAUGUCUGGUUGAAGACGCUGUUUUUAAUCUGCAAAUUAAGCCUGUUAUUAUUUUGGUAAUUGCACAAGGAGUCUGAAAUUCUGGGGGAUAGAAACAUGCAAUCUGUUACGCUUUUAAUUUUUGAUAUCAGUGGUGUCUUUAUGUGAUGAUAAGAGUCGUAUAUUACAAAAAAUAUUAAGUUCACUGUAGAGUUAACUAUCUCUUACUAAUGUCACUCAGUAACAAGGCUUGUAACUGUCUAAUGGUGAGAGUAUGUGAUGGCCAGCCCAAUAUUUGAUAAUUGUAAUGUAUUCAGUAACUGGUUUAACACGUUUUGAUGGUUGAAAAUGAUGGUUUGGGGUCUUAGCAACUAACCAAUGAUCUCUAACCAAUCACCAUGUUGCUUAGAGAGAUAUACUGCCAUAUAAUUAUUAAAUAUAACGCACAUGUCAGUUACUGUGAUGGUUUAUUGGAAUUAAUAUAAAAAUAAA